CCUUCCCAGCCACCAUUUUGAGAUUAGCACAUUUUACAACUAAAGCCAAACCCGACAGAGUUCAACGAUGACGGAUCAGCUUUGCAAACUUUUCGUCGGCGGUCUAAACGUCGACACCGACGACGAUGGCCUCCGUAAGCACUUCGAGCAGUACGGUUCCCUCACCGACUGCGUUGUCGUCGUGAACAAGCAGUUGCAGCGGUCCCGCUGUUUCGGCUUCGUAACCUACUCCUCGCCGGAGGAGGCUGACGCAGCAAUGGCGGCGAGGCCUCACACCGUCGACGGCAACGCGGUCGAGGUGAAGCGGGCCGUGGCGAGGGAAGACGCCAACAAGCCCGAGGCACUCGCCAAGGUAAAGAAGAUCUUCGUCGGCGGCCUGAAGGACGACAUCGAGGAGGAACAUCUGACCGAAUACUUUUCGCAGUACGGGGAGAUCGAGAAGGCCGAAGUCAUCUCCGAGAAGGAGACCGGAAAGAAGCGAGGGUUCGGCUUUGUUUACUUCACCGACCACGACGCGGCCGACAAAGCCGUCGUGGUGAAAUUCCACACCAUCAAUGGACACAAGGUCGAGGUGAAGAAAGCCCUGACCAAGCAGGAGAUGCAGGCGGCCGGCAGACCCGGCAUGGUGCCGAGAGGCCGCGGCGGUAGGGGCAUGAGGGGAAAUCAAAAUGGCUACGGCAGCAGGGAGUACGGUGGAGGCUACAACUACGGAAAUGGCGGAGGCUACAAUGGCGGCGGUGGUGGUGGCUACGGCGGCGGAUACGGAGGCGGCGCGCCGUAUGGCGGCGGCUAUGCGGAUCAGGGCAGUUACGGGGGCGGGAACGGCUACAACGAGUUCGGCAGCGGCUACGGCCAGCAUUCUUCCGGCUACGGCCCCAUGAAGGGGCCCCCCUUCGGCGGCCAGAGGAGCGCUGCUCCCUACAACCGAGGAGGUGGAGGCGGCGGCGGCGGAUACCCACGAGGGGGCUACGGUGGCGGUGGCUACUAAACGGGUCGACGCGAAUUACCAGCCCACCACCACCACCCCCCAUCCAUCCAUCACCACCCCUCCCCCAUCUGCCCUCCAGCCAGGAUUUGGACGCCAAAAUCUAAUUCGGUAACGGGGCGUCUGCCGUGAAAUCCAACAAUGGCAGCGAUACGGACACAGAGACCCCCCUAAUCACCAGACCUCAGACCCCCAAACAGGUUGCUACGGUAACCUGGGCACGAUGACAUCACCCCCGAAAACGAUGGGGUGUGUCUCCACGCCGACGGGGUACCAGAGAGCGGUUGUGCCUUCUCCCCCUCAGGAUAUUGGUGCGUGACGAUGUCUGAUCAUCCCAUAGGACAAGGAAACCUUAUGUCGGCCGUGCUUUUAUGACUCUACAAUAAAUUAUAUAUUUUUAUACACCAA